UCAGUAUCUGCUGGCAUGUUGACGAAAGUGCGGAGCCAUUUCCAGGCGCACCCGUGGUCCUUUCAAUCUUAUAUCAUUUUGCCGAAAUAAAGGAUAUGAAAUAAACCAUCAUGGUGACUGAUAAGAUUAUCUAAGUGUGUGAACCCAAGAAAAUGUGUUGAAUGAGUCAUUCAAGCAAUAGCCAUAUACCGUUCACUUAAAAGGUAGAUUGUGUGUGAGCUAACUCGCCGUCAGGAUGGUAUAAUCAUCACUUCUACAAGGUUAUCAUCUAGUUUGUUAGAUUGGUUGCAAUAAUGUCCGCGGAAUUUAAAGAUUUUGAAAUAUGCUGGGAAGAAGUGUAGCGGAAAAAAUGGUGGGCGAAGUGAGUGCUGGAGACUUCACUUGGUGCUAGCGUCCGGGCCACCUCCACUCACAACACCCAGCAGUGAGGACUGUGCGUGAUGGACCCACACUGUUGCUUUUUCGCUGAUAAAAAGCUUGUCAUAUUGCACAAUUCUUAACCUAGAUUAGUUAUAUUUAAAAAAAAUAUACGAAAUAUGGCCGUCCUGAAGUCCUGCCUCUGUUGUAGCCUUUUAUUAGGCUCAAUUAUUGGGGGUGUUUAUGCAACGGUUGUGUAUCUUACGGCAUUUAUCAUUAUGCUUUGGUGGAUACUGGAAGCCGAAGCCGGUGGUGGCCAGGAGGAGGAGCUGCAGGGCGUGCCGAUCCCCAUCCCGGCUUACCUCCUCUGCCUGGGCUACUUGGUGGUGACUGUGAUGUCCAUUUGGAUGCUACAUGGCCUUUAUAAAAAGAACGAAAGGCAUCUGCUGGCAUGGGUGUUCGCCAUGACAUUGUUCUGUUUCCCCGAAAUGGGCAUGGUGGUCUUCAUGAGCCUCGUCCACUGGAAAAUUACUUCAAGUUACGGGCUAGCAGAUCUCGUGUUCUAUAUCUUCCGAGCAGCUUUUAAUCUGAUAUCAGUCCUGUGUGUGCAGUCACAAUAUUCUACAUGGCGUGAUGCUGCCAUCAACAGCCAGACACUCAAGACACUAGAUCAUUUGCAUAUGAGAACCAUGAAGAAAGAAACCGGGGAGGAUGGGAAUGAAACUGUCCUGUCGUACAAGAACCCUGCCUUUGUUGCAUAUCCCGAGAAUCAUUCCAUCAGCCACGGACAUUCUACCAUGCUGACUCGAUCCUAUUCGAUGGCUUCGCACUAUUCCCCGGCCGUGAUGGCGUCCUUCCCGCCCGUGAAGAUGGCCGUCCCUGGGUGGGAUCCCUACGUCAGCGCACCGCGAGACUCCCAGUCGGAGUUCAACGCUGCGAUGUUUACACCGGGCUCUAUGGGAAUGGCAUCACUGGUUCCCACGCCACUAAAAUAUGUGGCUGCACGCUCCUUUGCACGGCUGAAGAGGUGGGGCCAGGCCGCCCGUGCCACCCUUUCUGUCGCGCCGCCCCUCGUGGCGACGGGCACGUCCCGGUGCCUCGUCCGUCCUCGCUCUCCUAAACUCUGGAAAUGUCUCCGAGCCUCUUGCUUUCUGUCUCAUGUUAAAAGUUUCAUGCCGCUGGUGAGCUCGAACCCGAGCGAGGCUGCCCUGGGCCCGGCGCCCGCGGGCCUCACCAUCCACCACCACAACUCGCAACUGGUGUACCGAGCCGACGCCCCCUUCGCCGCCCCCUUCGGCCAGCAGCAGUUCUCCACUCAGAGUCUUGACAGGCGGAGAUACCUGCAUCGCGAGCGGGGCGUGUCCUCCUCCGUGGACGCCCUCAACCUCCGCGCCCCAGGCCUGAGCCCGGGCGUCGUGGGCUUCCUCAGGGCCGCCCAUGAAAGCAGAAGUUCUUUAGGAGCAGAGAGCGAUGACUUCAGGAAGUACCGUGACAUUGCUUUAUGACGUGCCGUUUCUUCCCAAGCAUUUCUAAAAUAACCAAUUAAUAAUUUCUGGUACACAUAUAUGGCACUGUGUCAUGUAUGGUUGUGUUGUGAAGAUUUGUCCUAAGUGCCAAGACAUUUGCCAUUAUUUUCACUUUUGCUAUUUUGUGACGUAAUCGGUUUCAUAGAAUGAAAUUUCGAAUCAUAUCCGUGAAAAUACUGUUUACCAAAUGCUCAUAACUAUGGUUGGUUCUCAACACUAAAAUAGCUGUGAAACAGUCCGAGUGUUUAUGACGCAUCUUUUCCAAAUAUAUUCUCAGGUGUUUGCUUGAUCUUGUAAAGAAAUGCAAACAUUCGACAACUUUUCAUGUACUACCAUAGUCUACACGCAGAUAAAUAAAAAUUCUUAAAGCGCCUUGUAUACAUGCAUAUUAUGAUACAUAUAAUAAUGCAUAAAAUACACACAUAUACACAUACGUAUGUGCGUGCUUAUACGUAUGUAUAUAUGUACGUGUGUAUGUAUGUUCAAGUGUAUGUAAACAUUUAAACCCAACAAUCGAGAUUACUCACAAGCAAUUGAAAUUGGGGCCAUUGCGUCAUUCCAUAUACGUAUACGUAUGUUGCAUUUUCCUAUCAGGCUAACAGUAAGUUUAAUAGUUCCCAAGAAUUCAUUUCUUAAGAUUAAAGUCUUUACUAAAAAAAAAAAAAAAAA